UGGCUGAUGGCUUGAAUUUUGCUAAGUAAACACGAACACGAAGACGCACCUUCAAGUUCUUCAACAUCUGGUGUAGCUGCCCCACAUCUGUGAUUGCCUCACCUCACAACUGUCCGUGCUUGCAGAUACUUAGAGGAGAUAUAGAGAGAAGUACAACUAGCAUCUUCGAGAGUGUCGUCGAACAAGUAGGCGUCCUCCAAAACUCUUCUAAAUCUACUAAAACUGACUCGAGCGCGACUCCAAAGCACACCAGCACGUUCAAAAUGACGUUCUCCUCCAAGGGUCUCAUCUUUGCCACCGCAGUUGCUUGCUACACCUCCUAUUUUGAAGGUGCUUCUGCUUUGGUGGUGAAAAAAGAACACCAACAGCACCAGCAUAAGACUUCUUUGGAUAUCGCGCAAACAAUUGCUGCUUCUAUUAAGGCUUCUGCUGAGUCCAAAAAGAAUACGUUGGCCAACCGUUUGGCGCUGUUGGAGAGAGAUGGAAAGAAGAGACAGGCACCGGCAGCUGCAGAGGGAGUGCCGCCGAAAGCAGUAUUUUCGCUUUUUAUAUCGUGGAAUCUUGGAUGAAUCUUCACAAGUUCGCUGUAUCCACAGACGAAAAAUUGAAAUGUUUGAGUGUUUCUGCUCUUAAUCAUCAACCCCUCUCCCACCCUCUCCCCAGGACACCUCUGUCGAUGCUGCAGGAUAUGAGGCAGACUGGCAGAAGGAGCACAAAUCUGGCCCAUACCCUGAGGGCGCCGAAGGAAAGCAGCACCACAGUGCCUAUGGCUCCGAUGUGAAGCCUGUGGUCGAGAGGCAGUUGUUCUUCAACAGCUGGUUUUUCUGGUACUAUUUUAUUUUUAUCCACGCCACUUGUUUUCAUCUUUGUUUUUUACCAUUUUUAGAGGUGAAUAGUUUCUUUCUUUGAAGUGAAAUAGUUUCUUGAAUUCUAAGGCCAAUGAGAUUGAUGAUGUGAAUCUUUUCGGCAAUCUGCGUAACAAGACUUCCUUUUUUUAGCAACUUCAUGGUAUUCUCUCUUCCACCACCUCCUAGGAUCUCGGCAACCGUUUUCACUUGCUUGUUGGCCGCGGGUGGUCUCAAGUAUUACAUGGGUCGUGCGUAAGCCGAAUUACCGUUGCCUCUUCUUCUUUUCGAAGACUGAUAAGAGGGAUGUUUUUAAGCUUUUUCGUUGUUGGCGUUGAGGAGCCGUAGUACUGCGAAAUAAAUGUACGUAAAUUGAUCGUUUGCUAUUGUUUUUUCCGGAUUGUAAGAGUUACGAAGAUCAUAUGUUUUCUUCAACAUUAAUAGUAGUUGCUGAUAUUGAUUUUGUUGCUAAGGUAUCUAUAACGUUUGCUCUCAUCCUCUUGAUUGUACAGAAACUAACGCGGCUGAGAAUGGAAUUUCGAUGUUGUUGUACAGGACCUCCAGCUACGCAACAUUUUCAUUUUUUUCCUUCUAUGCUCUCUGAUGUUGUUGUUAACCGGGUUGAACUCGACGAUUCCAAGAAAGCAAAAAUUCCGCCUUGAGAGUGGAAUCUUUGCCUAGGUCGUGCCGAAGAACUACUCGUUCCCCGUCUGUGUUCAACUUGUUCAAGUUGUGCUAGUAUCUGAG